AUGGUGUCAGGAUUGCGCCAUCAAGGUUUUCGUGAAACAAAGCAAACUAUGGCCAAUAUCACUCUGGAGGAAACAUUACGACCUCUGUGGAAGUUGACUUACUACGGCGGAAUUUUGUUGGAUUGGUGCUGCCCAAUCUCUGAAAAUCAUUCUCGUUUUUGGAAGGCUACGCGUUAUAUAAGCAUUAUAAUGUCAUUCUUCCUGAUUCUUGCCGUUUUCGCAUUUGAGCUCGCGCAAUUAUUUGUUGGAAUCGAGCGUGCACUCAACGUUCAUCUCAUCAUACUGAACAUCGUUUGGUGUAUCCCGGGAAUCGUUGGUAUCAUCAUUCAGGAGCAGUUCCUACGGCAUCGGCGUGAGUUUCUCAGUUUCUUCAAAGCCUGGAGACGAUUAGAAAUUGAAAUCACCAAGUUAAAUCCAUUGAACCCACACGAUUGCAUAAUGUGCGAAUCACGAAGGAUGCAUUUGGUGAUGUAUACCAUUCACUGUGGCAUGGCAAUUGCUGGCAUGAUUUCGAUCGGAUUCGAUAUAUUUAAUCGUCCGGAUGCACCGUAUUUACUCUCUUACUACAAGACUAUUCGCGAUUCAGUGCCACAGUUGUUGGUUUGUUUCGUUCACUUGGCUGUCAUUUGCUUGACUUUCAUAUUGCUAACUCUAAGUGACUUGGUUACGUCGUUCACUUACUAUCACGCAGGGCUUGCUGUUGAUCGUCUGGAGAGGGAUGCUAGAUUAGUAUUUGCUAGACGUUUUAACAUCGAGGACAAGCUGUUCAUCACGGCUUUAGAUGAUAAUAAUCAGUUGGAGAAUGCCUGUAAAAAUUUAUCCAAAUUAUCUCCGAGUGUUGCCGAAACUCGUGUAGGCCUAUCCAUUCAACUUAUUUGGGCCCGUUUCGAUAAGAUAGAUCAGUUGAUUAAUCAAGCUAAUUCACUUUUCGGGAAGUUUUUAGUGUGCAGUCAAGGUGUGCAAUUAUUCAUGAUAACUGCUUUACUUUAUUCAGUGUUUUAUUAUUUGGGAGACGCCCUUAGAUUAAAAUCGACAGGCCCGAUUCUUCCCUAUGUCAUGAAUUCCCUGGGCAUAGGUUUUCGUUUCAUCUCUAGUAUGCUAAUUUCUUCACAGUUGCAUCGAUCGGUGGGUAGAUUUCGCAUGUCUCUCAACUAUCUGUUGGGCCAGCAUUGGAAUGAAAUGAGCAAACAGGAUCGGGACUUGUUGCGUUCUCUCCUGUCUCGCCUUUACACCGAUUCGUUAGCCGCUAGCCCUCUUGGCCUCUACAACAUCACACCGUCCAUCUUGCUCAGUGUUGCUGGCCUGGUAGUCAGUUAUGUCAUUGUUUUGCUUCAAUCAAAAUAA